AUGAAAGAUUUUAGGAGGUCAAUAACAAAUUUGCAGCUAAGAUUGGUGAUAAAUUGAGAAAUAAAUGUAAGCAGAGUUGUAAGUGUUAUAGAAGUAUUCAUUGAAGUAAUUUUAGGAAUUUUGCUAAUUGCAAUAGGAACAACUUUGCAGGUGGAGCUUGUAGUUCUUUCAGAGCUUCUUGCUUUUGCGAUCGCUGCACCUAGUGCGUUUUAUAUCAAGAUGCCUGACUAUAAUAAAGUAAGGCUUUGCUUUGGAGCUGAAAUAAUUGGACUACUUGGAAGUAUCAUUAUGAUUGUGUUUGCUGAUACAUGGCUAAAUGCUUCCAAUGCAUUUUGUGAUGAAAUUUUUACAUAUUCAAGCGAUUCAAGUUCAGAGUCAUCAUGCAAACAAUUAAUGACUGCCCGAUAUAUGAUGGUUUCUGCGCUUUCUAUUCAAAUCACUUCCAGAUUUGUUUGCUCUAUUUUUAUUGCCUUACUCCCCCCCCCCUCCGUGAGCGAACAAAAAAAUUUUGUUCGCUCACGGAGGGGGGUUAAUUUUUUUUUUUUAAAAAAAAUUUUUAUAUAUAAUUUUAUAUAAAAAAUAUUUUUUUCGAAAUUUAAAAAAAUCCUAAUUUGCAAAAAAUUGGGAAGCAAAUAUUAAUUUAAUUUGCAAAAUUUAUGUUUUAAAACGCAAUUUGUUUAAAAUUAAACAGAAUUAGCUCUAGAUUUCAUUAUACUAAUUAUCACUUAUAUAUCAAAAAUUUUUUUCCAUUAAAAUUUUUUCUAUUAAAAAAAUUUUUGUUCACUCACGGAGGGUGGGUUUUUGGUCAAAAAAUGGCGAUUUUUCUAAUGGUUUUGUUCGCUCACGGGGGGGGGGGAGUUAGCUAUAAGACGAUAUAUAAAAACCCAUGAAUUGUCAGAACUAUUGAAGGAAGAAAGAAAGAGGAAAAGAGCCGAAGCUUUAAGACAAAGAGAAGAAAGGGAUAGAAGAAUCAAGGAAGAAAAGAGAAGAGAUUUAAGAGAAAAAAUCGAAAAAAUGAAGAAAGAAGAGGAAGCGAAAUUAAAUGAAAAACUGCCAUCUCCCAUUAUAAAAAAAGUGUAA